AUGAUGGACGAUAUCGUUGUGGUGUCGUCAAAAGUACACUUGGAUGAGUUCGAGGCUACACUCUAUAAAUUGUUGGAUUUGGUGGGGUUCGACAUUCCGCAGGAGAAGAAAGCUGUAUGGAGUGAUGAGUAUUCCAAGUGGCUGGGUGCUUACUGGGCGUGGGACGGCUGUGUCUUACGCAUGAAGCCACCGAAGAAGUACAAGCUCGAGCGCAUUGUGAUUGGGCCCGUCGAGUGA